AUGCGGAGCCUCCUCUUCGCAGUCCAGUCGACGCGUAUUCACCUCCUCGCAGCCAGGCAGUCGAUGGCGGCGUCGCCUUCGCAGUCAGUCGAUGCGAAUCUCCCUUCUCAGGCAGUCGGGCGAUACGGAAUCGACUCCCUAGCGCGCGAUGCGGGGUCGCCACCUUCGCAGCAGUCAGUCGAUGCGAAGCGUCCUUCCCCUAGCAGUCGAUGCGGGGGUCGCCUCUCUUCGCAGAGGCGUCAGGUCGAUGCGAAGCGUCCUCGCAGCAGUCAGUCAGUCGAUGCGAAGCAUCCUUCGCAGUCAGACGGUGCGGGGUCCCUCAUCGCAGUCACAGUCAGUCGAUGCGAAGCCUCCCUGCGCAGUCAGUCGAUGCGGGGUCGCCUCCCAUCGCAGUCAGUCGGUGCGAAGCGUCCUUCGCAGCAGGUCGACGCGGAGCCUCCUUCGCUGUCAGACAACGCGGAGUCGACUCCUUCACAGUCAGACGGUGCGGAUUCGACUCCCUUCGCAGUCAGGCGAUACGGGGUCGCCUUCGCAGGUCGAUGCGAACUUGCCUCCCUUCGCUUCGUAGUCAGUCGGUGCGAAGUCGACUCCUUCGCUUCGCAGUCAGUCGAUGCGGAGUCGCUCUCAGCGGGCGAUGCGAAGCCUCCCUUCGCAGGUCGGUAG